AUGGACAAGCUAGUCGCCCAGUACUCGCGUCCCGCGCAUCAGAAUGAGCUCUACUCCGAGCAAGAGCAACAGGACCUCAACGAGAGCCUCCCUCCGCUCUCCCUCAAGUUCAGCAUGCCCCCUAUCGACAACUCUGCUUCUUUCCUCCGCGCUAUGACCGAUGACCACUCCAACCCCAGCUGUCCUAUCAAGAUCGCUCACGGCACAACAACCCUGGCUUUCCGAUUCCAGGGCGGUAUCAUUGUCUGCACUGACUCUCGAGCAACGGCCGGAAACUGGAUCGCUAGUCAGACUGUCAAGAAGGUUAUUCCGGUGUCACGGUUGAGCCGUGGUGAGGACAAGCCUAGCAAUGAACCUACGCCAGGUCUGCUGGGUACUAUGGCUGGUGGUGCAGCUUGCACUCUUCAUGAGAUCCGACACAAGCGCCGAAUCACCGUUGCCGCCGCUUCCAAAAUCCUCGCCAACUUGACCUACGCCUACAAGGGCUACGGCCUCAGCAUGGGAACCAUGCUUGCUGGUGUCACCCCGCAAGAAGGACCCGCCCUUUACUACAUCGACUCAGACGGCACCCGCCUCCCCGGCAACCUAUUCUGCGUCGGAUCAGGACAAACAUUCGCCUACGGUGUUCUGGACGCCAACUACAAGUACGAGAUGACAGAGCAAGACGCACUGGCUCUGGGCCGUCGCGCCAUUCUCGCCGCUAUGCACCGUGACGCUUACUCUGGUGGUUUCAUUAACCUUUACCACGUCAAGGAGGAAGGAUGGGUGCACCACGGCUUCGAUGAUAUGAACCCUAUCUUCUGGAAGACUAAGCUUGAUAAUGGCGAGUUCUCCAAUGUCACGUCUGAGUUGUAA